ACACAUAUAUUAUGUCUUCCCCUGGGGACCCUCAAGCCAACGGAAAGGCGCACAAAAGUUUAAAAGUCCGCCUUAGACAGGCCUUUGUGACCAACCCAUGCGACAACAGGCGCUUCAUACCAUGUCGGCUGCUGGAAAGUAUAUGUCAUGAGAAAACAGUAGCACAGGAAUUGUCCAAAGCGUUUCCAAAAUCAGACGACAGCUUUCACCAAAGUCGCGCGUCAUUGAUAUGCCACGGACAAACUCGGGACUUAUCGAUCACCUCGCAGCCAUGUCUCAAAAUAUUCGUCAUUCUUGUUCUCCUAGGCAAUGUUGGCCUAAUAGAAUCAUUCGUACAACAUCGGCUGUGCGACAGAGACCUUCCGUUUUUCAGUACUCCAGGUCUCACAGGACUGUAUUCGCAUCGACAUAAGCCAGAAUCCAGUCUGACCUUCCCCGAUGAGGACGAUCAAUAUGAAAUUAUAGAUGCCUUCCUUGAGAAACAAUGGUCAGUGCUGAUACCGUCUUUCGAGGCUCCUGAAGCUGGGAAUAUGCGCUGCAACGUAUAUAAGCUUCAUGAUAAGACGAUAUUACCAAUCCAAGAGGUUUCUAAAAAGAAGUACCCGGGCGGAUUUGGACUGGUUGAAAAAGUCAAGAUACAUAGGGAGCAUAACGGCUUUAAUCACGAAUACUUUGCUCUUAAGACUAUGCAUCCGAUGAUACCCGACGAAAGAGAUAGGUUCUUCCAACAGGAGCUAGACGCCUUCCACAAGGCAACACCUGGUGGCCAUAUCGUUGAAAUACGCGCCGCCUUCAUGAGGGGAGAAAGCCGGGGUUUCCUUUUCCCUUGGGCAGAUGGAGGCACCCUUAACCAUUUAUGGGCUAAAGAUCCACACAAUAUCGUUGCGGACGCAAGAGUACCAUGGUCUGAAUUUAGCCGAUGGAUAUGCAUGCAAUGUCAUGGUAUUAUUCGAGAUCUCUGGGCCAUCCACGAACCAUUCGGCAUACAUGUGCCCGCAGGAACCAGCGCCGAGGAUCUCUAUGGAAUCCACAGCGAUAUCAAGCCAGAUAACAUAUUGCACUUCACUGAAAAAGACGGCCCGCCAUUAGGAUUGCUCAAAGUCUCUGAUUUAGGCCUCAUGAAGUUUCACAGGCUUGUCUCUCGGACUGUACAGUCCAAGUCCAUGGGUAACGCAUAUCAAACUUAUAGAGCACCAGAGCAUGACAUGGGUAAAGUGAGGUCCAGGAAGAUUGAUAUCUGGGCUUUUGGCUGUUUAUUUGCCGAAUUCGUGACGUGGGCGAUAGGCGGCGAGAACGCAAUUGAUUUGUUCAAAACGGCGCGGAUGAACGAGGACAAGCAAUUUCCCGAUGAAAAUAAGGGCGAGUGGUCGGAGGAUAACUUCUUCAUCAUGAAAACGAGCCGUUUGACACAAGCUAAGGCGCCAAAACGCAAGGGUACAGUCGAUGAGUGGUUCUCUGACCUUAUUAAAGAGUUGGGGCCUGAUAUGGCAAACACCUUCUUCCCGCAGUUUCUUCGCUUCAUCCAAUCUGCGAUGCUUGACCCCGAUCGGAAACAUCGAGCGGAUUCCAAGCAAGUCGAGUCUUUCUUAGGAAGACUUUUGGAAGAAAAGCCACCGGACAGUCGAUAUUGGCGUUUUAACGGCACGAUAGAAUACCCGAAAAGUUAUAGUAGGAGCACAACGGGAACUGGCACCUGGUAAUGAAUGAGGACGUUUUCAAUUUUUGGAUAACAUGAUACCCUGUUUAUUAAAGUAAGUAAAUUGUAUCUCGGUAGCGAAAAUAAAAUUGACAAUGGGCCUGCCUACAGCCACUAGUGGAUGUUCGGUACAUACUAGGUUUCAUUUUUAAUAAUAGAUAUGGAGGGGCCUGGGAACGAGGUGCAUCUACCUGACGGAUUCAAUCAAUAUGAACUUAUCAACAAUUUUAUUGACAAGCAAUGGCUUGUCUUGCCACCAGAUUUGAAGAAGGGGAAAAUGCGCAGUGCUCCUUUUCCUCAGGCUAGAGAGGAUACCCUUAAUGAUUUAUGGGACAAACACCGACGUGAUAUCAUCACAUCUACGAGAUCAAAAUGGUAUAAGUUCAGCCGGUGGAUUUGCACUCAAUGUCAUGGUAUCAGUGUCAAGAUCUCCAGGCCAUUUAAGAACAAUACAAUAUACCUCCAGCAAAUAACGCCCAAAAUGUCUACAGGA